AUGUCGAUGUCCGAUUCCGAUACGUCCUCGCAAGGGAGCGAGUACAAGAGUUUUCGUCAAAUUAGCCGUGACAGAUUAUUAAAUGAAAUGCUUCGAUCUGCCAAAACAGGGGACUCAAAGUCGACUUGGAAGGUACUCAUCAUGGAUAAGUUGACAGUUAAAAUAAUGUCUUAUGCGUGCAAGAUGGCAGAUAUCACAGAGGAAGGAGUUUCAUUGGUGGAAGACAUACACAAGAGAAGACAGCCAUUGCCAACCAUGGAUGCCAUAUAUUUUAUCCAGCCAACCAAAGAAAACAUUGUUAUCUUCCUCUCUGAUAUGUCUGGAAGAUCACCGUUGUACAAAAAGGCAUUUGUUUUCUUCAGCUCACCUAUUGCCCGAGAACUGGUUGGUCACAUUAAGAGAGAUGGAAGUGUUCUAUCUCGCAUCGGUGCCUUAAGAGAGAUGAACUUGGAGUAUUUCGCCAUAGAUAGCCAGGGUUUUGUCACUGACAAUGAGAGAGCUCUUGAAGAACUCUUUGGGGAUGAAGAAAGCUCUCGCAGGGGUGAUGCAUGCUUGAAUUUGAUGGCUACCCGCAUAGCUACUGUGUUUGCAUCAUUGCGGGAGUUUCCAAUGGUGCGCUACCGUGCAGCCAAAUCCCUCGACCCUAGUACAGUGACAACAUUUCGUGAUUUAAUUCCUACAAAACUUGCUGCUGCUAUUUGGAACUGUCUUAUGAAAUAUAAGGCUAACCCCAACUUUCCCCAAUCGGAGACAUGCGAGCUGUUGAUUCUUGACAGAUCAUCAGACCAGAUUGCUCCGGUUAUACAUGAGUGGACUUAUGAUGCCAUGUGCCAUGAUUUACUAAAUAUGGAAGGGAAUAAGUAUGUCCAUGAGGUUCCAAGCAAAACUGGUGGUGUUCCUGAUAAGAAAGAGGUUCUUCUGGAGGACCAUGAUCCUAUCUGGCUAGAGCUCCGCCAUGCGCAUAUAGCUGAUGCUAGUGAGCGGUUGCAUCAGAAGAUGACAAAUUUUGUCUCAAAAAAUAAAGCUGCACAAAUUCAUGGUUCAAGAGAUGGUGGUGAGUUGUCGACUCGGGACUUGCAAAAGAUGGUUCAAGCUUUGCCCCAGUACAGUGAACAAAUUGAAAAGCUUUCCCUCCACGUUGAUAUUGCUGGAAAAUUAAACAAAAUUAUCAGGGAAUCGGGGCUUAAAGAAGUUGGCCAACUGGAGCAAGAUCUUGUUUUUGGAGAUGCAGGAACCAAAGAUCUUAUUAAUUUUCUUAGAGUAAAGGAGGAUGUAUCACGCGAAUAUAAGUUGCGGUUGUUGAUGAUUUAUGCAGCUGUUUAUCCUGAGAAGUUUGAGGAUGAUAAAAUCUCAAAACUGAUGGAGCUGGCUAGACUAUCACCAGAUGAUAUGACUGCUGUUUAUAAUAUGAGAUUGCUAGAGGCUUCACCAGAUACCAAAAAGAGCUCAAUCGUACCAUUUUCUCUUAAAUUUGAUGUAAAAAAGAAGAAGCAUGCUGCUCGAAAAGACCGACCUGGUGAAGAAGUGACAUGGCAGUUAUCACGUUUUUACCCUAUAAUUGAAGAGCUUAUUGAAAAACUAAGCAAAGGUGAACUUCCUAAGCAGGACUACCCUUGUAUGAAUGAUCCUAGUCCAACUUUUCAUGGAACCUCCCAUGCUGCUUCUGAGAGGACUGCUCAAGUCUCUACUCCGCAUUCAAUGAGAUCAAGACGAACGGCAACGUGGGCUCGUCCUCGAAAUUCUGACGACGGUUAUUCAAGUGAUUCAAUUUUAAGACACGCGUCUAGUGAUUUCAAGAAGAUGGGUCGGCGCAUAUUUGUGUUUAUUGUUGGAGGGGCAACGCGUUCUGAGCUAAGAGUUUGCCAUAAGUUAUCAACAAAGUUGCAACGAGAAAUUGUUUUGGGAUCAUCCAGCCUUGAUGAUCCCCCACAAUUUAUUACGAAGCUAAAGCUGAUGACUGCUAAUGAACUAUCGUUAGACGAUCUUCAGAUCUAG